AUGAAUGUGCGCCAACGACAUAUCGGACGUGAGGCUGAUGCUGGAUUGACGGGACGUGAAGCUGAGUCAGCGACCACACGUUGGGUGGAUCCGCUGGAAUUGAUGAGAGCUAAGCUGGAAUUGGAGGAUUUGGGUUUUCGACAUUGGCUGUUAAUUUUACUGAUUAUUGGUGGAAUUUAUGGAUUUGUUGUUUAUGAAGACAAACGAAUGCCAGCAGUGAAGCCAGCCGGGCAGUAUGAUGAAUUUUCGGAAGAACGGGCUCGCAUUCUUCUGCGUUCGCUCACCGAUCUCGGCCCUCGUCCUAGUGGUUCCGAGAGCUGUGAAGUACACUUUUUGUAUUAG